AUGGCUGUCCCUACCAUCACCAUCUUUGCCGCCACUGGCAACCAGGGCGGUGCCGUUGCACGCUCACUGCUGAAAAACCCAGCCUUCAAAGUUCGCGCGCUCACUCGCAACCCCAAUUCAGAUGCCAGCAAGGCACUUGCCGCUCUGGGGGCGGAAAUUCAAUCUGCCAAUGGCUUCGACAUCGAGUCUAUGAAGAAGGCCGUCCGCGGGUCCUGGGGCGUUUUUGUGAACAUCAAUUCGGAUGACCAGGCGUUUAGGAAUGAACAUGGUCCUACUGAAUUUGACAUGGGCAAAACUAUCGUGGAUGCAGCAGCCGAGGAGGGAGUCCGACACUUUAUCUUCAGCUCCGCAACCAACUGCACCGAGCUCACUGGUGGCAAGGUCCGAAUGAAGGCAAUGGACAGUGGGUACACCGUGAAAAAUAAGAUCGAACAGUACGCGCGAAACAUCGAUAAGUUUGAAACCGCCAGUUUUAUCAAUGCCGCUUGGUACCUGGAGAACUUCCUGGCGAAGGAGGUCGCACCCAUCUUUGGGGGUUUCCCGCAUCAGGUAGAUGAUGAGGGCUACCUAACGUUUGCCGUGCCCAAAUGGGGUGGCAACGAGGAUGUUCCCUUCAUCAGCAUGUCCGAUGAUUUUGGGGAUCUUGUGCAGGGAAUGUUCCUGGAUCCGCAGCGGUGGAACGGGUCCGUCGUGCACGGUUGUAGUGACAUCUGCACUUUUGACGAUCUCGUCGCCGCCUUUGAAAAAGUCACGGGCCGCAAGUCUCGUUUCCGACCGCUCCCGUCCUGGGAGGCGUUUGACAUCAAAGGAAUCCCUGAGUUGGAAGAUCCAAAGCUCAUGUUUGCGUUCACCCAAGCCACAAAUGGCCGUUAUUUUGGGCCAGAACCAUCUGAGAAAGAAACUGCUGCUCUACUGAAACAAGUUACUUCGGCGGCGCUGGGAAAACCGGAGGAGCAAAGACUGGUUUCGGUAGAGGAUUGGUUUCGAAAACACUUUCAGGCGUGA